GGCGACGUCUGUCUUUGUACUACCAGCGCCCACCACACACUACCCACGAUGCCGCCGAAGCGUAAGGCCACGGCCGCAGAUGGACGAGCGAAAAAGAGAGUCGCCUCUGGUGCGGGCACGCCGGUUUCCCUGGUCAGCGACGAUGACUACGACGAGAGCGACGAUUUUGAUGAGGAGGUGGAGCGACAGGCAGCGCCCGAAUAUGACAAGGUUGUAAAGAGAUACCAGCCUGCCACAUACCAGAAACCUACCACCUCGCACGGCGACGUCGCAAGUCAUCUGUUCAAGGCCGGGCGCGACUUCUUUAACGAACCGCUGAAACCUGAUCAUCAUUUGCGCCCAUUAUGGAUCGAACCCAAGAACGGGAAAGUAGUCCUCGAGACGUUUGCGCCUAACUUCAAGCAGGCCCAGAACUUUCUGAUCAACAUUGCCGAGCCGCAAAGUCGGACGACGAACAUGCACGAGUAUACCAUCAGUCCCCACAGUUUGUUCGCCGCUGUAUCUGUAGGCCUGACCGAAAAAGACAUUAUCCGUGAUCUUGAGCUCUUCUCGAAGACGAAAGUGCCCGCGAAUAUCAUUGACUUCGUCCACGAGGUGACGCAAUCGUUUGGUAAGGUAAGGCUAGUGCUCAAGCACAACAAGUACUUCAUCGAGAGCAACGAUGCGUUGGUGCUUCAAACGCUGUUGCGUGACCCCAUUAUCGCUGGAACUCGCGUCGAAGAGACAGAAGAGCUAGUUACGGAAAAGGCGGCGCAAAAACGGGAUCUCAUCAUCUCAGGCACAGCCGAAGCAAGAGCGGACAGAGAAGCAUUAGCACAGGCUGCUACAGUACAGAAGCGGGGUGACGAUGACGAGUCGGACGAUGAGUUUGGUGGCCGUGAAGCCGAGAAGACUAUGACUGAGUUUCUGCGUGAGGAAGAAGACGACGAAGACACAGAUCUGGUACACUCCUUUGAAAUCGACGGAAACAAGAUCCAGCUAGUGCAGGAGCAUUGCAACGUUCGGCUUAAUUUGCCACUCACAGAAGAAUACGACUUCCGGGCAGACGACAUCAACGCGACCCUUGAUAUCGAUCUACGGCCAAAUGUGCAGAUCAGAUAUUACCAGGAGCACGCCCUCAGCAAGAUGUUUGGCAAUGGGCGAGCCAGAAGUGGUAUCAUUGUCCUUCCUUGUGGCGCUGGUAAGACGUUAGUCGGCAUCACAGCAGCCUGCACGGUGAAGAAGAGCGCCAUCGUCCUCUGCACGUCUGCCAUGAGUGCGGUGCAAUGGAAGGAGGAGUUCAAGAAGUGGUCUAAUAUCAAUCCGGACGACAUCGCAAUCUUUACCAGUGGUGAGAAGGACAUUCUGAAUUUGUCCAAGAAGGCCGGUGUGAUCAUAUGCACCUACAGUAUGGUGACGCAAAAUACUCGACGCGCACACGACAGCAAAAAAGUCAUGGACUUCAUCACGUCUCGAGAGUGGGGCCUCAUGGUUCUCGACGAAGUGCAUGUCGUUCCCGCUGAGAUGUUCCGACGAGUGACGGAACGUAUCAAGACGCACUCGAAGCUUGGUCUCACUGCGACAUUGCUGCGAGAAGAUGACAAGAUCAAGGAUCUCAACUUCCUCAUUGGGCCCAAACUGUACGAGGCCAACUGGCUGCAGCUCAGCGAAGAGGGCCACAUUGCACGCGUUCAGUGCGCAGAAGUUUGGUGUCCCAUGACCACCGAGUUCUACAAGGAGUAUCUCGACGCCAAAACCACGAACAAGCGCAGUUUGCUUUCGACAAUGAAUCCUCGCAAAUACCAAGCAUGCCAAUUCCUGAUUGACUUCCACGAGAAGCGAGGUGACAAGGUCAUCGUCUUUUCCGACAAUGUCUAUGCGCUGCAGAAAUAUGCCACCGGACUGACCAAGCCAUACAUCUAUGGAGACACAUCGCAACGAGAGCGAGAAAUUGUGCUCCAGAACUUUCAACAAAACGAUGCUGUCUCUUCCAUCUUUCUUUCCAAGAUUGGUGACACCUCCCUCGAUCUGCCUGAAGCGACUUGCCUCAUUCAAAUCUCAUCACACUACGGCUCUCGACGUCAGGAAGCACAGCGCCUGGGGCGUAUUCUCCGAGCAAAGCGCCGUAACGACGAGGGGUUCAAUGCAUUUUUCUACUCCUUAGUCAGCAAAGACACCAACGAAAUGUACUACUCAUCCAAGCGGCAAGCCUUCCUGGUCGAUCAAGGCUACGCGUUCAAGGUCAUCACGCAUCUCAAUGGCAUUGAAAAGAUGCCUAACCUGGCGUUCAAUACGCAGCAGGAAAGGAUGACGUUGCUAACUGACGUUCUCCUGCAGUCUGAGACUGCUGGUGAUGUGGAAGACAUUCAGGAUGACCUAUUCAGUGAUCGGAAUGUGUCUCGAUCCAAGAAGAAGGGCAGUGGAGUCCGGAGGCAGGCUGGUACUUUGUCCUCGCUUGCUGGAGCUGACAACAUGGCGUACAUGGAGCAUGAGAGGGGCAAGAACCCCAACAAAGCUCUUGCGAAGCCAAGGAACCAGUUCUUCAAAAAGAACGCUGCUGCAGCGCAGCGCAGAGCUAAAGCCCAGAAAGAACUCAACAAUUAUGACGAUUAAGGUAGACAUGGGUUUCAGCAGCACCUCUACACCCGACACCGUCAUGGACAGGCGUAUGGCCACAAGCAGUUCUUUUCACAGUUUUCGUUCCGCCUCACUGAGGUGGGCGCCAGAUACCUAACGACACACAUGAUCUGAUCAAGCGAUUUCUGCCACAUUUGGUAGGACAUGUACCUAUACGAAAGACUUUAUGUAUCUUUUAUAUCGAGC